GUAAAGUCGAAAAAAGGUCUGACACGCCAUGUUUUUCUGCUUGGAUUUAAAAAAUUAGUAGUGUUGGUAAAAUGGCGCAAUUGCGACGAUAUUUUGGCUUUUGGCCAAGACAUAUAUGUCCUUGCAACAGAGUUCAGAUAUAUAUAAUACACACCUUUUUAUUCUUCCUCCGUAACUCAACCCUCCGCCGCACCAUUCUUUUUUCUUUCUCUCACCCAUUUCUCUAAUAGGUGUCAGCCCUCCACUGGCGACCCUUCGAUCUUCUGCUGAUGGAUGAUGCUAGUAUUGAGAGGACAGAGACGCAGUCAGUUUGUCCUAGUAGCCAAGACUCAUCUCAUCUGGGACUUGUGCAGAAGAGACAGAGAAUGUUUAAGUUGGUGGCAAAAAAAAGAGUAAAGAAAGCAAAGAAGAAAGCAGUGGUGAUGAAGAAGGCGGCUACUUGUUCCUACAGUGCAACAUAUCCACCCCAGCAGCAAUCACAGGAUGCUCCUCUAGUACCACAUCCACCUCGCCACAAACAGUUACCAGACAUAAUUAAGCAGUAUAUCAGAGGAAGUCAAAACAUUUUUGACAUGUUUUUUCAACGACUGAUGUUCCAAGAUGAACAAAUACGUUAUAUGCAUCAACUACUAUCAAGAGUCCCCAAUGUUAACAUGCAAGAUCUUAGUCUUCCAUCUCGGGAAGAAUUGUAUGCAACAUUACGACCCCCCGUUUUGCCACGUGCGUUCCAAUAUAUCUUCCAUGAUGAUGAUGAAGAUGAAGAUGAAGAUUUAGGAGAUUAGCUUUUAUGUUAUGGUUUGACAUUUUGUAAUUUUCAAAAUCAGGAAACCUUGUUUCAUGUAUGUGAUAAAAAAUUGUCUAAUUUGUACUCUCUUUUUGAAUCAAGAGAUUUUCCCUUUAUGGUUGGCAA